GAAGCCAUCAUAUACCUAAAACAAAUACUAGCCUCACACCCCCAAGCCCGGAUCAGGAUCAGAAGCCCCACCCAGUUUAAAGCCCAGCAAAGGCAUGACCCUCUCCAUUGCCAUGGUCACGCACUACUCGGGACACGGAACGUCCGUAAGCGUCGAUCAUGAGUGGAAGUUCUACACCACCAGCGUCGGCAAGGCAGUGGGUAGUUGCGGCGAAACUGACGGCAAGGAAAUCGUUGCAGACAGUGACGAGACGCCUCGUGUUGGUUCGGAUAGCAAGACGCUGUUCCCUGGCGGUAUCUUCAAGCUGGAUAUUGCGGGUGAGGCAUGCACCUAUGAGUGCGAUGGGAAUAGCCCACGAAGAUUGUUCUGUCCGCAGAGAGAGAUUGCGUGUCGUGAGGAUUCCAAGAAGAAUGUGGAGGUUGGGGCCAUGAAGUGUGGAAGGGGUCAGUUCUUUGCUCCGAGCGUGUUCUGGGAUUUCUAGGGGGUUUGAGGUAGCAUGAAGAUGGGUGUUCUAUUGCGGCAUGUCGUUGUAACUACAGUGAUGGAGACUUUUGGUCUGGUAGCCCUAGAGUUGUCCUGGAGGUGUUGCCCGGGGCGGUAUCAUGGGGGCUGACGUCUGCGACGAAAUUUGCGAGACGGAGAGACGCCGAGUUUUAUAGAGAAAGGUACAUGGUUAUAGAUGAUUGCUGCGAAUGUGCUUUUCGAGUGCGACCAGUAAAGUAGUUAGCAAUGAACCGCAAACAGUAUGUAGCCGCAAGACCAAGGUGCCACGAAGAAAUUUCUGCACCUCGCAGAUUCAUCGAUACCCUACAAUGUCCCCAUGAAUGUGUCGGUCCCUGGCCAUGCGAAUGGAAUCAAUAUUUCUGAGCU